AUGCGUGGGAUUCGCUUGUUUUCCGGCAAGACUCGAUGGUUUCGGUCUACUACCGCGCCAGUGGCUAAGCCGGCCCAGUUUAGGUAUGUUCCCAAAGAGCAGCCGGGCGGCUAUGAGCCGUUUGCACUAGAGGACUCCAAUCGCCUGGAGAACGCCUUCGUGCUGGGCAGCAAAGAGUGCACCAUUCAAACCGACGGGUUGUUUAAAGUGAACAUUGAAGACAGACACUAUACGUCAACCUACUGGGAGGGUCCCACUUUUAAAGUUUUGAGAGGAACGUGGUUUCACCAGGGCACGUCCAAACUCACGCCUAUUGCCGAAGGGUUAGCGGAAGAGCUUGAAGAAAAUUACCAGGCUGGCAAGACGGAUUUUGUGCUGAAACAGGGCCAAAAGAUCAAUUUGAAAAGAACCGGGGACCAAAUUACCGGAACAAUGUCGCACGACGACAGCUGGGCGAAUAUGAUCAAGUCGCUCCAAUUGCCCCGCAACUACAGCAUUGUGCGAGGCUACCGCAACGAAAAGGCCAAGGAAAAAUCUACAGCGAGCCCAACGAUUGGCAAAAAGAAAAUGGAGGACAAUAUGCCGCACCCAGGAGCCACCGGCACCACGAAUCGCCCGAUCAAGCAUUUGAUCCUGGCUAUUCACGGCGUGGGCCAGCAACUUGGUAUUCGGUACGAGUUUGUUAACUUUGUCAAAGACACCAACGAGUUUAGGGACCUAAUGAAGCAGAUCCACGCCAAAGACGAAUCCCUCAAGCUGGCGAGUGCGUCUGAAACGAACCACGGCAUCCAGGUUUUGCCUAUCCUUUGGAGACACCUGAUUCCCAAUCAAUCAAAGAACCUAGAUCCACAGCUAAAGGGACUCACGGUGUCACAGCUCAUGGCCAAAGACAACCUGCUGGCUGACGUCGCGUUGGACUAUGUCAUGUAUACUCAUAAAGAGUACCAGGAUACAAUGCUUUCGGCAACGGCCAGCGAACUGAAUCGAGUGUACAAAACCUUCUGUGAAAACAAUCCCGAUUUUGCCGAAAACCCCAAGGUUUCAAUAGCUGGCCACUCUCUUGGCAGUGUCAUUGCCAACAAUCUGCUUCGAUCCGAGUACAAGCUGAAUUUUGAGGUCGACAACGUCUUUUUCCUCGGCAGCCCCGUGGGAUGUUUACAGUUUCUCACAGGAAAGCCCUUCACAAAAGAAGGAUGCAGAGUCAAAAACAUGUACAACAUUUUCCGAGCUUCCGAUCCCAUUGGCUCGCGGAUCGAGCCGCUGGUUAACAAGGCCACUGUCGAUGUCAAGCCGCAAUCUCUUCCUGCCAACGGUAUGAUUACCCAGAUCAAAGACUUUACCGAAGAUCUCACAGCGUUGGGGUUGUCCAUCACCAAGGGGGCCACUGUGCUGUGGAAUCAGAUUGCCGAUACAAAAGCAACUGAAACACCCGAACAGGAAACCAAAACCCAGCAGGUUGAUCCAGCUAUGGACGAGCGGCUGAAGCGCGAUCUGGCGGCGUUUAACCGACACCACCGCCUUGAUUUCGCCAUCCCAGAGAGUAUGGACAUUUCACUGGUUCUAGCAAUCGCAGGCCACACGAUGUACUUUGACAACUACGACCUGGCUAGUUUUAUCAUGAAGGAGAUCCUCGAUGUGCCUGUGGCCAAAGAGCCAAUGAUUCGUGAAGAAUCAAACGAUGAAGACCUAGCAGCUUCUUAA